AUGAGUAGAGUGAUAAGCAAAUCCAUUUCAUUAACGCCCUCUCUCACUUGCACUCAUCUCCGAUUCCUACCCUUUCGAACCUCCUCUUCUACGUCGUCCUCUCCUCCUCAAUUUCCCCGAAUGGCCGCCGAAUCUUCCUCUUCGUCCUCUCCUUCCGCCGCAUCCGCCAUCGAUUUUCUCUCUCUUUGCCACCGCCUCAAGACAACAAAGAGGGAAGGAUGGGUGCGAAGACAAGUUGAGAACCCGGAAUCUAUUGCAGAUCACAUGUAUCGGAUGGGGUUAAUGGCUUUAAUCUGUGCUGACAUUCCUGAGAUUAAUCGAGACAAGUGCAUAAAAAUGGCUAUUGUUCAUGAUAUUGCAGAAGCUAUUGUUGGGGACAUCACUCCUUCUGAUGGGAUUCCAAAGCAUGAAAAAAAUCGACGAGAGCGGCCACGGGCAAAGGAGAUAGCUGAUUUAUGGAUGGAAUAUGAAGAGAAUUCUACUCAAGAAGCUAAGAUUGUGAAAGAUUUUGACAAGGUAGAGAUGAUACUUCAAGCUUUGGAAUAUGAAAAUGAUCAGGGGAAAGAUUUGGAGGAGUUUUUCCAGUCAACUGCAGGAAAGUUCCAAACUGAGUUGGGAAAAGCUUGGGCUUCAGAGAUUGCAUCAAGAAGGAGAAAAUAA